AUGGCCAACUACACAUCACCCUACCCCGGUUCCACUCCCGGCGAGGAGUACUACUACUCCCGGGAACGAUUCCAGUCGGCAACUCCCACUCCCUCUCCGAGGGGUCACGCAUCCUACUACUACUCUGGCGCCACUCCCCAGAGACCGGCGACCCGCGCCCACUUCCGCAACGCCAGCUCCGGCUUCAGCGAGUACAGCCCUCGUCCCCCGACGGCUUCGCCGCGGUACACGAGCGAUGGCCAUUAUGCCACGGCAAAUGUGAGUAGUGGUCAUCAUUCGCGCAAGCAUUCAUGGGCCACUCCGUCGCAACCAAAGCGCGAGCGCCGAACUUCCUUUGUCUAUGUCCGGGCCUCCACGCCCCUUGGCGAAUCCGACGAGGACGAGUUCUUCGAGAUGGAUGGACGCACCUACGUCUUGCCGGCACAGUCGCGGUCGAGGAACAAGAGACACUCUAUUCAAGACACAUAUUUCUAUGAAGACGCCGCUCGAGGAUAUCCCACUGAUUACCACUAUCCCAAGCAGGGCGGAUUCACUUACAUUGAGCGCGAUGCCAUCCCCUACGAGUCUUCUUCCCGCUCGCGUCCCUCCCCGGCCAACACCCAUGCCCGCCGCUCCUCGGCGAAUGUCCCGCAGAGACCCUCUACCACCCGCCCCACGUCCCAGCAGAAGAAACCCACGCCCGUUCGCCAGGCCACCGAUGCUGAUGCCAAGAGGCACAAGAUCCCCCCUGGUUACUCGCUCAAGAACUGGGAUCCCACUGAGGAGCCAAUCCUCCUGUUGGGCAGUGUCUUCGACUCCAACUCCCUUGGCAAGUGGAUCUACGACUGGACUGUCUUCCACCACGGCCCUGCCACUCCCAUCUCCGACAUGGCUGGUGAGCUCUGGCUCCUUCUUAUCCAGCUCGCAGGCAAGAUCAAGCGUGCGGAUGAGACUGUUGACCGCGUCCGCAGCACUGAGAACAAGGAGAUCCUCGAUGACUUCAUUGACUCGGGCGAGCGCCUGACUGACAAGCUCCGCAAGCUCCUCAAGACUUGCGAGACUCCCAUGCUCAAGGCUAACAAGAAGGGUGCUUCCCUCGGCAAGAACGCCGGUGUCGAGUUCGUCGAGACUCUCUUCGGCCGUGAGCGCGAGCUUGACAAGACCGAGCGUUUCAUGCAGGGCGUCCGUCUUUUCAACCUGAGAUUCGAUGCCAACUGUGAGGAGAUCCUCCGCAACCCCACGGCUUAG